CCCGCCAUGGCCGCAUGCCUCACCGUGCGUGCUGACGCCUCAGCGGAAGCCUCUCCACCGGGCGGAAGCGGUGGGUCGUGGCUGUCCAUGGCGGAGGGCGGCGCGGAGCCCGGGGAUGACGCUCCCGCUCCCGCUCCCGGUCCCGGUCUGGCUCUGGUCGAGGGUAGCGCCGGCCGCGCCGGCCGCGUCGGUGACCCCGGGGACCUAGUGGCCCUGGCCCAGCAGGUGCAGCAGGCCAAUGACUUUGUUCGAGCAAAUGCCUGCAGCAAACUGACAGUCAUCGCUGAGCAGAUUCGGCACCUGCAGGAGCAGGCACGGAAGGUCUUAGAUGAAGCUAACAGGGAUGCUGAUCUGAACCACGUGGCCUGCAACCUUGUGAAGAAGCCAGGAAAUGUUUACUACAUGUACAGGCGGGAGAGUGGGCAGCGGUAUUUCUCCAUCCUGUCUCCUAAGGAAUGGGGUACCGCUCCCCAUGAAUUUCUUGGUGCCUACAAGCUCCAGCAUGACAUGUCCUGGACUCCGUUUGAGGACAUAGAGAGACGAGAUGCUGAAAUAACUGUCCUGGAGAAGCUCCUGAGCCAGCAGGCAGCACUGCCCCCGUGCAUGGAGCCCAACUUCCAGGGCUUGACCAAGUCACACAAGUGACCACACAGGACCCCCUGAGCAGAGUCCCCGAGUGAGGAGACACAGUGCCUGUACCCUGCCAAAGGCAGGGUGGAAAGAGACCAAGAAACAAAAAUGCUGAUUUCUUUUGUGCUUUAAGAAGACUAAUUCUGAAUUCAGUCUUACUGGAUUUUCUAGUAAUUGAAUAAUUUGCUUCAUUGACCCAUGCUAAGCUGUAGCAAGAGGCAGGUGAUACCAGGAGGUGUGAGCUCCAAUAGUGCUUGGAGCAAAAAGCAGAAAUGCUUGGGGCAGAUGCUAAUGCUGUAAAAUAAUAUCUCCUACCUGCCUGGC